GAACACCCAUCAACAGCUGCCCGUUUCUCGAUCUUCGGAUCUGAAAAUCCGAUGAUCCCAGCCAUCAUUAGCAAUUAUCCGACGGUUGGUGUUGCUUGAUUCGAUUCAUUCUCAUACCAUAUGAAACGAUAAUACAAUGUCUGGAAAGUCGGCUGCUUUGAGAGCCUUGCUUUUGGCGCUUCUGACCCUAUGGACGGGGAAACCUUUGAACGCUUUCUCGCCGGUCCCUUGCCUUCCAUCCGAAAGGCGAGUCAAAGGAACUCCUCAUCAUGGCUUGUGGGCCAUUUCGUCCCGAGAACUUCGAAAGCGAGAAGAAGGAGAGAAGAGAGUUCUCUUAGAACGAAGGAAAAAGGCAGCCAAGCGAAAACUCGGCAAGACGGCAACUUCGACAACAACAGGCAAAAAGACAACAAGUGAUGCAAGUAGUAGUAUCGGUACCAAAGUCAAGUCAACAUCCGUCAAGAAGCAAAAGUCUAAAGCAUCCCUGACACAACGGUUGCAACGAGCCACUGCCAAGGCAAAAGCAGCUGCCAUUGAGGCCGAUUAUGCCAGCAAGAAACAGCAAGUGCUCGAAGAAUCAUCGGCCAAACGACCCUUUUCCAAUUCCACUGCCACGGCCACUAGAUCCUCUUCUACUUCUUCGACUAGGACUAGUAGUACCACAGAACAGCCACGCCUGGCCACAUUGACGCAAUUGACACGUAUUAUUGACAAAGAACUACGGGCAGCAUCUGAUGGGACGGCUACGUUCAAUGUCCAUGGGACGACCAAUCCACCACCCGGAAUUACCCGAGAUUCCAUGCGAUCCUUACUGGAAGAAAAUGACGCGCAAUGGCAAAAGAGUCAACGGCAGCAACAACGUGCCGCCUUGGCCUUUGGAGUAAAUCUCACCACAACGACGACGAGUGCCACAACCAACGCACAUCUCGUGAAACAUGUGGCGGUCGUCAUUUCCAAACCAUUGGUACAGGAUCAAGUGACACUCGAAUAUGCCUGUCGUCUGCGGACUCUGGCCAAGGCUAUGCAAUCCGACAACUCACAUGAAGAGGAGAAUAAAAAGACAAGUGAGGAGGAAGAAGAAGAGGGAGAUGCUACAAAUAAUGAGGAGGGUCCUUAUCAACCCACUGUGAUUUGCUUUUUGGGUGGCACAUGCAGUGGAAAUUUGGUGUCGGAUGCCGAUGCCGGAUACAUCUACUUUAAGCACCUGUGUGAAGCCAAUCAAAUAUCAUUGGAGGGGGUGGACAUUCUCUUGGAAAAGACCACCUUGGGUAAGGGAGCGUUAAAACAUGUCAUGCGACAUCUUAUGAAAGAGUAUGUUCCAGAAUGGCUCAAGGAACCAGUUAGAAGAACGCAAGGGGUUGCCACGGACAGUGACGAUUAUGAGGAUGAGGACGACAUGGAAGAUGAUUACCACCAUCGCAUCAUCCCAACUCCAUUUUCUGUGUCCAGGAACAAAGUCCAACUUCACUUUACCCUUUUCUCUUCGGAUUACGAUCUCUGUCGAAUCAAUGACAUUCACUACAGAUCUCCACAACAAUCCGUAUUGAGGCACUUGUUGGAACUAGAACAGGAGGGUCGUGGUGGCAACAGCAAUCGUGGCAUGGUCCAGACGACGUGGAGCUACCGGUUUUCCACGUAUCCGUACGUUCACUUUAAGGAUGCCAUGACGGCACAUUUGGGAAAAUGCUACCUGUUGGCCGAAGAGCUCACCCCUGUCUUGGUGAAUAUUCGAGGAGUGGUGGAUGGUACGGAAUUCUUUCAACGCGACAAUUACCGAGUACUGGUAUCCAUCCGCAGGUCCUUUGUCAAUGAUAUGGAACAUUUUUACAAGAGCCAGCCAUCUCUCAAAUCCACACUUCGUCAAUACGUGAGCAACAGCGAUUAUCCUCUGGAUGUGGUGUUGGAAGGAGCAUUGCUUUCCUUGGGCAGAUGCUUGGACUUGGUUCGGCCCGCUGGUCUGUUGAUUGGCUACGUCCCCAAAGAUGAUUGGAAGACGGCCGAACGAGUACUCCAACACGCUGUGCGUCAACUGCGAGAUGCCUGUGAUCCCGAUCACCCAUUGGACCCUACCGAUUGGGGCAAACUGGAUCAUUGCUACUAUGAUAAUGGUGCUGGGAGCAAGUCUGCCACGGAUUUCUCCGAGAACGACCUCAUGGAGCUCACCCAGUGGAGGAUCCAAGAAGAAGGAGAUGACGACGAAGAAAUGUAGAUGUAUUCAUCUAUGCUAUGGUAGCCAGAAGACACAUUCUGCCGUGCAUGUUAGGUCUGAUGGGCAUGAAUAAUGGAUGAAGGGGCCCAUAUUUUGCUGAUCAUACGUUAUCAUUGCCCCAACUCUGUGAAUGCCUGGAGAAAGAAACCAGAAGAAAAUGAUUGGUUACUUUUUACUCUCAUAUUGCGCUGGCGUCCAUGUCUUCAUGGUGAGAGCAUGAAUUUUGCUCAUGUCUUCCUGCAAAAUCUCAUUGACCAUCCGAUGCCGCUUGAGCAACGCCACCCCUUCGAACUUGGGGCUCACAACAAUUAGCUCCAAUUUAUAGCCACCAUCGCAGGACGAUCCACCCGAAAUGUCGGUACAGGCAACGUGCUCGGCUUCCAGUGCUUUUGCGACCUGCGGACGGUAGGAAGAGGACCGUGCAGUAUGAGAAACGAGGCAGUGUCUUUGUCAAGAUGGACCUCCAUCAAAGGAAUAACCAUAAAAACAUCAUACCUUCUCCUGU